GAAUAUGGACAACUUGCCACCAUCCUGGGAUAAACAAAGGCGACACAGCUCGUAGAACUUCUGCGUUACGAGAGAAGUCGUUCGCUCUGCGUGCAGCUGCGUGCGAUGAGCACCUGUGCCACUAGACGAGAAGAAAUGGAGUCGACUCUUCUUCUGCACACACAAAUCGCCGCGAUGCGUGUCCAAGCAAGCGGCGAGAUGUGUAUGUACGCGAGAAGCGGCGGCGGCACUUUCAUUGUUCUCCGACGUUUCUCGGCGCGAAGAGGUGCGGAGCGAUUCUGCGCGCGUUCACCACAUCGUCGUCAUCAUCUCAUCGGGAGUGAUUCAAAUAUUCCGGGAAGUGAUGCCGUUCAAACAGUUGCCGAUUUGGUUGUUCGUCCUCUUCUCGAUCGGUUACGCGUAUGCCGAGAUCGGCAAUUGGAAUGCGUGCGGUGGACGAUUGGAGCGCGCUUUGGACGCGCUUCACAGAGACUCCACUCGACGAAACAAGCUGGACGAGGAGGAGGCUAAGACGAUGUAUCAACAGGAACUUCGUUCAGCUCCUCUCGAAAUGUCCGUCACCCGUAUGGCUGUGAAGCUUCCGGAGAACACGAAAGAGCUCGGGGGUCACUGGGCACGGGUGGAACAGUGCGUGUACGAUCCGAAUCGCAGCUCUCUCAAAACGCGCGUUGUGUUCAACGAUCUGUCGGUGUCCGGAAUAGUGUCCCUAGCGCCCCGAGAUCAUCACGCUCCGAUUCCCGCCGAGUCCUGCAGAAUGACGCUGCGGCUGCGACGCGCGGGAAUAAACUUUCUCACCAGCCCGAUUGUUCGCGAACGCGGCCAGAUGCGUAUACGCACGGAGUCCAGCUUCCAGGAGCCCAGAUUCGCGUCGAUCUACGCGUACGGCUGUCGUCCCACUCGCCUUGACAAACAGAUCAAGCGCCAGGACAAAUGGCCGCCGUAUCACUCGGUCAGUGACAAGGUGAUACCGACUCUGCCGAUGCCAGAGAAUGAUAAGUACGACGCCGUGGAACCGAGACAGCUGGCGAAUAUCGCGGAAGAGGUGGACGUCGUCAUACCGAACGAGAGCCGACAUCCGCGUUACUCGCACUCUCCCGGGACCAACUUCGGCAUAUGGAGAAAGAACUCUUGGAUCACCAAGAUACCGUCGCGUCGGAAACGUUCGACGACGACCCGGUUCGCGCGCACCACAAUGGUCAUCACGCCCCAGGAUUUCGCGAACGCUCUGGCAAACGGACGCAAACCGACGGAGAAAUCCGUGAACUUUACCAGGAUUUUAAACGCGACCGAUCUCUGGAACGAUGAGGAUGAACGGUCGGAAAACGUGACGCGAGAGGUGAGGGAACUGAUGGACGACGAUCUCGAUAAUCUGUUUCCUGUGGACCUGGACGAUCCGUUCAGAAGCUGGCAGUCGAAGGAGUAUAUCACAAGGGAAAUGGAGGACGUGUUUCUGCAGGGCGCGAGCCACGCGUUGACCAGAUACAUCGAGCGUCAGUUACACCCGGCAAUCAAGGAGAUACUAAUGCUGUCUAUGGGAUAUACUAUCAGUUACGGAUAGAAACGAGAAACAAAAAAGAGAGAGUUUGUACAUAAACAAUUAUGUUUUUUUCUUCAACGACAGACAAGUGGAAAUCAGACUUGAAACUACCAGCUCGUCUCUGUUUCCUCUUGUUCCAAAAAAUUGUAACUUUAUAUAUAUAUAUAUAUAUAUCUGCCGAUAGAAAGAUUCUUCAGAUAGUGUGUAAUAGUCGUAUUUAUUAGUUCAAAGUUUUUCUUUGAAUAUUUAUAUAUAGAUUUCGAUUCGCAUAUAAUUCCGUAGUAUACAUGAUCUUAAAUCAUCUUCGUACGCAUUUUAUUUGAUUAAUCUCAAAAGUGUUUCCAGCGCUUGACACUUGUAAUUACGUGUAAAAAUAAAUUAUACAUGUGUA